AUGCAUGGUAGACGAGUUUUGCUUAUGGUAGAUUAUUGUCCAUCCCAUAAUAGAAAUAUUGAAGGACUAAAAAAUGUUGAAUUGUUUUUCUUGCCACCCAACAGGACAUCCAAAAUUCAACCUUGUGAUACUGGGAUAAUAAGUUCGUUCAAGAUGUAUUAUCGUAAAAGAUUUUAUCGUAGGAUAUUAGAAGGCUAUGAAGUGGGACAAACUGAUCCAACAAAGAUUAAUGUUUUGGAUGCUAUCAAUUUCGCAAUUCCUGCUUGGAGAACAAAUGUUAUGCAAGAGACACUAGAAAAUUAUUUUCGACACUGUGAAAUUCGUUCGGGGGAUGCAAUCUCAGAGAAUUUGAAUGAACCCACUUAUGAAAACGUCAUUCAUGAACUUGAGGUCAUGAUUAAUGAUAUCGGUUACCACAAUAAAAUGGAUGUCAAUAACAUGUUAGAUUAUCCGGGUGAAAGUGAUACAUGUUCAGAGAUCCAGAGCUUAGAAGAAAUUGUGGAUACCAUCGGAAAAAGUGAUGUUGAUGAUGAUACUAUAUCUUUCGAACCAGUUACGCGUAAGGAAACACUUAUCGGAUCUAGAAUUCUUCACAAUUUUAUAGUGUAG